AAGUUCCUUCAUAGUUCCAAAAUCAAUUACGUUUGUAGUCUCUUGUUAAUUUUCAAGGCUUUUGACAAACAUUCCAAAACAACGCUUUUUUCACCAUGACAAUAACACCAGCACAGAAAUCUGCUAUAGAGGAAGUCAUUGAAAUUAUAGUCGCAACAACUCCAGCUCGUGGAAAACGUCAAUUAUCUGAAUUGUUUAUGGAUCUCGUCGAUAGAUCAGAGUGGCCUGAAUAUUACGAGGUCAUACCAGAACCCCGAUGUAUCAACGCCAUCAAGUCAAGCGUAGAACGGAAUAGAUACAAGGACGCCUCAAACGCCUAUACCGAUCUGUCCCUCGUGUUUUGGAACGCUUUGUUCUACAACGAACCAGAUAGUCAAAUUGCUACUGAUGCGCAGACUCUCAAGACCGUACUCGAAACUGAAUGGCAGAAGAGAAGCAUUCUCCCUGUACCCCGACACUCGCCACCUCCUUCAUCUGCUCAAAAGGUCCACGGAACGGCUCCCGCUGCACCGCCGCAGUCCUUUGUUAUACAGCCUUCUACUUCUACAACAACCAAACUAAGGACAACAGCCCCAACACCCGCUGUACCUCCAGCUUCCGAAUCACAGACCACCAAAUCAACUCCUCUAAAAGCACCAGUGGCUGCAGAAGAAAGGGUUGGCGAUAGUGAGGCGAUCGGCCGCCAGCUUGAGAAAAAUAUCCCAAGAUGGCAAGGCGUUGGAGAACUAGGGAUCUCCGAGGUCAACAAGGACAGACUAGUCGAAAUUGUGCACAGUCCUCCUAAGACUCACACGCACGAGGACAAUCGUGACCGGACCAUGCUGACCGCGGCAGGAAAUUUGACUGUUCCCCCAAUCGUCGACAAGCUUCCCCCCGAAACGACAAAACAUUUUGAUCGCUCUCCGGACACAAACGAGCUGUUCUGGUUUGGCGGUCCUCCGAUGAAUAUCGCUCGAACGCCAGCCCCACAACAUAGCCUGGCGUACUUGCAUUUCUUGGCGACAAAACGCAAAAAAGAACUUGACGCGGGCUCAGAUGCCAUGAAUGUCGAUGGUGAAGCUUCAGCAGGUCUUUCAAUUCGACAGCGCACAGUUGCGCCUCCAACAGUUACCGAAAUGCUGCAAGCAGCCAUAAAUUCAGCAUCUACCGAGCACCCUUGACAAUUCAUCUGCUCCCACCCGUAUGAUAACCUAAGUUGAGUUUCUUUUAGUCUUCCCGCCUCGUGCUCAUUAGUUGUCACACCAUGCAGACCUAAUUGCUACGAAAUUUAUCCGUUUGACAGCUCUUCUAACGCUACUCUUUAACAUUGUCCAAUCAAUUCAUCAAUAAUGAUUUAUUCUGCACCAUUUAAGCGCAAAAUUGAGUCAGUCCAUCUGUGGAAUGUCUAGCUGAAAUCAUGUUGGA